AUGCCAGAGCGACAGCUCAAAACCCACUCAGGCACCCAUACAGGCGCUAAGUGCGAGAGUCGCCCAACAUGCCAUGCCAGAGCGACAGCUCAAAACUCCCGUAAGGAGCUACGGCAAGGAGAUGGGACGCGUGUAAGAGUGACGCGAACAGGACAGGAAAAGAAAGGAGAUGGGAUGCGUGCAAGAGUGACGCGAAUGGGACAGACACAGCAAGGAGAGGUGAUGCGUCGAAUAGUGAUACGAACCGAACAGAUUCAUCGCACGACCGUCGACGACAGCCAGGCACCCAUACAGGCGCUAAGUGCGAGAGUCGCCCAACAUGCCAUGCCAGAGCGACAGCUCAAAACUCCCGUAAGGAGCUACGGCAAGGAGAUGGGACGCGUGACAGGAAAAGAAAGGAGAUGGGAUGCGUGCAAGAGUGACGCGAAUGGGACAGACACAGCAAGGAGAGGUGAUGCGUCGAAUAGUGAUACGAACCGAACAGAUUCAUCGCACGACCGUCGACGACAGCCAGGCACCCAUACAGGCGCUAAGUGCGAGAGUCGCCCAACAUGCCAUGCCAGAGCGACAGCUCAAAACUCCCGUAAGGAGCUACGGCAAAAAGAUGGGACGCGUGUAAGAGUGACGCGAACAGGACAGGAAAAGAAAGGAGAUGGGAUGCGUGCAAGAGUGACGCGAAUGGGACAGACACAGCAAGGAGAGGUGAUGCGUCGAAUAGUGAUACGAACCGAACAGAUUCAUCGCACGACCGUCGACGACAGCCAGGCACCCAUAAAGGCGCUAAGUGCGAGAGUCGCCCAUCAUGCCAUGCCAGAGCGACAGCUCAAAACUCCCGUAAGGAGCUACGGCGAGGAGAUGGGACGCGUGCAAGAGUGA